GCGUUCAUGGUUACCGCAAAAAAAUAGUUUAAUAUCUCCGUGUCGUUUGAUUCGAUCGCCAGUCUCAGCCCCCGUCUAUGUGUCCAUGUGGCUGUGCCUCUAAGUCCCUUCACUUGUGUCUGUGCCAGUGCGUCUGUGUGCGUUAACGUGCGUGCUUGUGUGUGUGCCGGUGGCUGAAAAAAAAAAAAAUUACAAAUAAUUACCGUAAUUAGAAAGCCCGAAAUCGAAAGAGUCUGGGCGAAAUUCAAUAAUUUUUUUGUAGUGCUUGUGGUGCCGACGUAUCAAAAAUACCCGCAAAAAAUAAAAUUGUUUUUAAGUCCAACUAACACCAGGUGUUUCGAGAAUAUAAAUAAGUGUUAAAACUGGGAUUACAUUGACCAAAUGAGCUGACAAUGAUCGGAUUGAAAGCGUCGACUCUUUGAGGCAGGCAUUGAAAUCAAACCGAAAACCCACGAAACCCGCCGGCAACUGAAUCCACUGAAUCCACUGAGUACUGGCAACCAAAGAGGGGCCCUGAAAUACCUUGUGCCCAGCUAGCAGCUGCAAUAAUGCACAUUUCUGCUGAGGUCAGUUCGACCACCUCAAAUCAAAUACAGCAACAGCAGCAGCAGCAGCAACACCAGCAGCAGCAGCAACAUCAGUUGUUGCAGCAGCAGCAACAACAGACAGCAACAACGACCACAACGAAGCGGCGGAAUGCUGAGUCCUCUGCCAGCAGCAAUAACAACAACAACAAUACCAGCACCACCAACAACAAUAACACUAACAAUAACAACAACAGCACCACGAACAACAACAACAAUAAUAAUAAUGUUAAAACAAAGCCCGUGGACACGAGUCCCUACUUGACCCCCGAGAAUCUCAUCGAGCGCACCGUCGACGUCCUGCUCGCCGAACAUCCUGGCGAGCUGGUCAAGACGGGGUCUCCACAUGUGGUCUGCACCACUUUGCCCACGCACUGGCGCUCAAACAAGACUCUGCCGAUCGCCUUCAAGGUCUUGGCACUGGGCGAGGUCAUGGAUGGCACUAUAGUCACCAUUAGAGCCGGAAACGAUGAGAACUUCUGCGGGGAGCUGAGAAACUGCACGGCCGUGAUGAAAAAUCAGGUGGCCAAGUUCAAUGAUCUGCGGUUCGUGGGCAGAAGCGGAAGGGGCAAGAGCUUCACACUGACGAUUGUCAUCUCGACGAACCCCAUCCAGAUAGCCACCUACACCAAGGCCAUCAAGGUGACCGUGGAUGGGCCGAGGGAACCCAGAUCGAAGGUGCGACACCAGGGAUUCCAUCCGUUCGCCUUUGGGCCACAACGUUUCGGACCGGAUCCACUUAUGGCCGGAUUGCCCUUCAAGUUGCCAGGAUUCGCACACCAUCUGGUGGGGAUGCACAGCCACCUUCAUGCGCCCGACUGGCGCGCCCACAUGGCCUUGGGCGGUCGCCCAGCCGCCUUUACCGCCGCCCCCUUUUUUGGCCACCAUGCGGCCGCUUUUCCCACCGCCAGUGGCCUGCGUGGAUUGAGUGGAGACAGCCAGCAGCACCAGCAGCAGCAGCACUUGGCCACCGUGGGGGCGGCACAUAGCACCACCAGUCCGGAGGGAUCGCCGACCACCACCACCACGAGCGGUACGCAGCUGAGCGCAUUUGUCCAGCCACCGAUGACGUCGUCGCCUCCGCCGGUCACCAGUUUGCAGCACGACAAUAACAAUAACAACAGCAACAACAACAACAGCAGCAGUCACAUUGAUGCGGGCUUCGAAAGCGACAGCAUUUCGGUAACAGGAUCGCCGCGGAAGAGCCUCGGCUCCCCUUUGACCCACGACGAGGAGGAGGCGGAGGCAGAGGCUGAAGCAGAAGCAGAAGCGGAGGCCGAGGAAGCGGAGGUGGGCGGAUUGAGUCUGAAUGGUGGCGGCAUUCAGGGCACGCUGCACAGCGAGAGUUCCCCCGGCUCGGGUGGCGCCUUCACCGCCCUCAUCCAGCGCAGUGGCAAAAACCCCACCGAAUUAUUCGGCGGCUUUGCCGGCGCAGGUGGAAAUCACUUUGCCCCCAGCGGUCAUAGUUUCAAUCCCGCUCUGGCCGCCCAACUCUUCCUGCAAAGUCCCCUUUUGCCGCAAUCCAGCCAGUGGCUAUAUACCCAGCUAUAUGGCAGCUACAGUGAUCUCCCCUGGCUGAGGAACGCGGCGGCUGCGGCGGCCGCAAAUAUAAAUCCCGGCCAGGAGAACCCCGGCGUUCCGACACUGGGCAGCAAUCCCGAUCACGAUGGCGUUAACCUGAUCAAGCGCUGUGUCACACUGAUAACCCACAAUCCGCCGGACGCGGAGAACGCCAAUCCAAACGCCUCGCCGCCGGUCAGCUCCACCAGGCGAUCGCCCUCCCCCGUGGAAACCAUCGACCUGGACGACGUGAGCACCACAUCGCGCUCGGCCAGCGGUUCAAGUGGCCAUGGCGGCGGAGUGGGAGUGGGUGGUGCAGUGGGGCCCAUCAGGACGCGCACACCCAAACCGUCGGCGGAUGUCUGGCGUCCCUACUAGCGGCUGGCGGCCGCCUUGCUCGGCACAUGUCUGGCGGCCCAAGGUCAGGGGGGCGGCGUCGGAGGUCCCGAUGAGCAGGAGGCGGAGCGGGUCACCUAGCUGGUCCACAGCGAGUGGAAAUGGGCAGGAAGAGGGCGCAGCAGCGAGCUUGUGGUGUUGUGAAUAGUCGCCAUAUCGCAGCUGGCGGGGAUUGCUACUUGAAUUUGUUGAGCCAUUGGGUAACCCAAGCAGGAUAUUCAAUUACAAAUACUCAUUUAUUGCUGUUUAUUGAAUGAAAUAAUAGAAAAGUUUAGCCAGGAAUAGGAAUUUCAUGUAAUGUUAUAUAUUAUGUUUGAAAUGAAAAUAUAAAGAAUGUAUGCUGAAUAUUUAGUUUGCAUUUGAUGACCAGUUAGCACAGAUUUAUGUUCGCUUAUUAACACUAAAAACACAAAAAACAGUAAUACCAAAUUUAUAAAAUAUUUCAAAAAUAAUGUAAGGACUUCAGCAUAAUGAAAUUAAAUGUCUCUUCUAUUCUCAUAAAUUCUUGAUGAAUUCAUGAAUGAUUAUUUUUCAAAAACUACACAUAUGAGCAUAUUUUAUUUUAUUUAAAACUCGAAAAUCAAUUAUCAGACGCAUCAGAUUUAUGAGAAAUUAUACCAAAAGUACUUUAGAUGUCAAAAUAUCUAUGUUUUAGACCAACUUCAACUUACUAGGCCUGUUUUUUUUAAUUGUCAUUCGGUUAAUUGCCCUAUAAUAAUAAUAACAAAUUUUCAAACUGAAUAUCAAAUAACAAAUUCAAGGAGCAACACUCGCGUCAAGUAAUUUUGUUUGUUUUUUUUUAUGGUCAACCCUAAUGUAAGUGGCUCACAUAUCGAAUUUAAAUCAAUUAGCAUGGCCCUAAGAAUCAAAUAUAUAUAAUUAGUGGAGGGCGGGCUGACAUACAUAAUACACGAAUAUAUACGAGAUCUGUGUACAUUGAACAUAUAUAUUGCUCUGUAUUUCCCCCUCUUAAAUGAAUAUUGCAACAAAUUAAACAUAGUUCUUAAGGAAAUACCAUUUUUUUUGCAAGACACAAAGAACGUGAAAGUAUGAACACGGAUGAAAUAAUAAUAUACAUUUUAAAAUUUAUUAAAAAUAAAUUUAAGCAAAGACAUAAAACAAAAGCACACUGAAUACCCAGACAUACACAAUAACACACCGAUUUGUAUAUAAGGUACUUGAGUAGUGUGCCAAAGAUUCGUUAAUAAAAAU